UAGCGCCCUCAACGUUGCUAACUCCAAGAUGGCGGCUCCCACGAAGAAACAGAUUUCCAGUGAAUUUAAGCAAAGAUUCAGCUACUGUGAGCUUUGUCGUCACAGCCACGACAGGGGAAAGAAACACGCAUUUUCAAAAAGACACAGAGAGAAGGUUAAGGCAGUUCUUGGAAAAUACGGUGCAAAGGUAAAGUCAGCCAGACAAGACAUGAGAGAUCCCUGCAUCCUCCCAGGCCGCUAUGAAGCUGACACCAAGUACUGGUGUUACAUGUGUGCCAGUGAGGUUCAUAAGCAUAUCAGUGAUGGGGAGGUGACCGUCAGACACGCUGGCUUUAUUGAACAUCUCAUGAGCCAUGAGCAUGCUCAGAAGGUGGAUCGGUUCUGGCGGAUCAAUCGCAUCGAGACCGACCUUCAGCCGAAGUUCCUCAUCUCCAGAGACUCCCAGGAUAAGUACAAGCAGGCAGUGGAAGAAGCACUCAGGAUACACGAAGCAAAAGAAGAGCGUCUCAUGUCACAGAGUGCAGCCAAGAUACGCCGUGUGGAAUCGAACCGUUCACUGCUGCUUCAGUCGUCAGGCAGCUCUACCCUUGUGACUAAGCCCUCUGAGACCUUCACAGCCUCAUCACAGGGUGUGGCACCCAACAGAGAAUUGGCUCCCUGGACCACGCCCACGGCCCCUUCUGGAAUUGGAAGUGCAGGUAGCAACGUUAGAGAUCCGUUGACUCACAAGGCGGAGGAUGUUCCCGGAUGCUCACAUCAGUCAAAUGGCCCAUCAGGGGAGAUGCAUGAACAAGCUGUGCUGCACAAUUCAAACCAGCCAGAUCCGGCUAGUACCGGUUCCAACCAGUUCCAGCUGGCUGUGUUGAACCAUUCAGCAGCAGCUGCGCAGCAGAAGCCUGGAGUCCUGAGUCGAGUCCAGACCAUAGGUGUCAUAUCAUCAGGGGGUCUGACUGCAGUCCAUGUCAAGGAUCGUGGAAUUGAUGGAAACAUUCAUACCGGAGCACUGCCGCCAUGGUUACGGGAUGAUGACAACGAAGAUACAGAGGAAGGAUAUCAAAAGAUGGGCCCCUCGGAGGUGGAAUUCAGGAAACACACUGAGCAGCAGAGAAAAUCGAAGCUGAACCCCAAACGAGUAGGCGUGAACUUUGACCACACCUCCCCCUCCAACGAGGAAUGGCUGCCGUCAUUCGGCAGAGUCUGGAACACGGGCCGCAGGUGGCAAUCAAGGCACCAGUACCGGAAAGAAGCCAACCAGUCCAAGUCAUUCAAGAGACGAAGAAUGCCUCCAAACAGUACAGUUUCUAAACCUCCCUGAUGUGUAGAUUAAGAUCAUAGAUCCAGCAAUUAUUUGCCAGUUUGUUGUGUGUUUAUGGACUUCAUGCAGAAACAGUAGAUGAUUUUGUGUGACCGCUUCCCUUUCAAGAUACAGUGAGUGGGACAAUUCCAUGUGCCAGUUUUGGUUUGCGCCCAUAUGUGACCGGCUCCACAAAAAAGGGUAUUAUGUCGCAAAAAAAGUGAAAUUGAGUUAUAUACAU